AUGCUCGAGAACAUUCCAUUGUCGAAUGACGUUGACGACCUCAAAGACGCAAUCGUACGCAGGAAAUCCAACGAGUUCUGCAAUGUUAAUGCAAACAAUCUCACCUUCUGUCGUGUCUCCAUUCAUGACGACGGAACCAUUCGCGACAAGACGGAGCUGAACAACCCUAGAGCACUCCUUUCCACGCUGUUUGCCGCGAGUCCCGACUACAACACCUACAUCAUCGUCCAGCGACCUACUCCAGGCUACUGA